AUGGCUUCGAAAAAGACCAAGGCGGCCACCGCCCCUGCCGACGACAACCUCGACGAGCUCUUCCAGGGCAUCGGGGACGACGCCAAGUCCAAGAAACCGACGAAUCCCAAGUCUGCCAAACCCGCCUCGUCGGCGUCCAAGGCACAGGGCGACGACGACAUCCUGGCCGACCUCGAGUCCCAGCUCGCAUCCGAGCAGCCAGCGUCACGUCCGCACACUCCCCGAGGCGUCAGACGACCGGCCGGCACGCCCCCCGUCGGCGACGACAAGGCCGCCGCCGCCGCCGCCGCACGCAAGUCCAACGACAGCGCCCGAAGCUUGAAGGCGAGCUUCACGCCGAGCGCCGCAAGUUCCGAGCCCCACGAGGCCGACAAGAAGGGCCCCGUCGAGCAACCUCGGCAGCAGCAGGGCGGCGGCGGAUGGUGGGGAGGCAUCCUGUCAACGGCCACCGGCGUCAUGAAGCAGGCCGAGAAUGCCUACAAGGAGAUUCAACAAAACGAAGAGGCAAAGAAAUGGGCCCACCAGGUCCGGGGCCUGUCAGGGGGCAUCGAUGUCGGGGCUCUGCGUAACUACGGCGGCGAGCUUCGAAGCCGAGCGUUGCCCACGUUUACCAACAUCCUGCAUACUCUUGCGCCGCCGAUUUCGUCCCACGAGAGGCUCAUGAUCCACAUCACGCACGAUCUGGUCGGGUAUCCGUCCCUGGACCCCUUGGUCCACGGAGUUUUUGCCCGCGUCAUGUCGCAGGUCGAAGGCGGCGACUUGCUCGUCGUGCAGCGAGGCCGCGAGAGCAGCUCCGGACGCUACAGCGACGUCUCGGCGGGCUGGCGCGACGGUCCCUGGUGGCGCCAGACCGAUGCCGCUCGGGAGCUCGGACUGGUCAAGGGCAUGACCGAGGGCACCAAGCUGUGCCGCGCCGGCGCCGAGUCGUACGCCGGCGAGUACUUUGCUUCCCACGGGGGCAUUGAGCAGGCCAAGACCCGGGCCACGGAAAACUUGAGCGAGAGCAACCCGGUGCGGACCUCCGACAUCUUCCUGUCCGUGCAGGCCAUCUCCACCGAGGGGGACAGGACGCUGUUUGCGGGGUCCGCUUCGGCCGCAAGGGAAAAGGAGGCCUCGGCUGUCAAGGAGCAGAAUGAUGCAGACGAGCUCGUCUGCUUUGCGGUGUAUGUCCUGGAUCCCGUUCACGAGAUGGAGUUUUCUACAGUCAGCCAGAGUGUGCCCUCGAAAUGGGUCCGCUGGCUGGACGCGGCCUCUCCGCUUACUCCCCUCUCCGGUGACGAGAGCCAGGACAACCCCUUUGGUGCGGGCGUCCCAGAAGACAUCAGGGACAUUAUCGAGAGUGGCGGCGUCGACCCGCGCGAGUGGGUUGCCGAGUGGAUCGAGGAGACGCUGAGUCUGUCAGUGGGCGUCGUUGCCCAGCGAUAUGUCGCCCGACGGAUGGGCGUCGGGGAGGGCGGCUUGGGACGAGGCAAGAGGAGGGUGGACGAGCUUGUAGAGGCCAAUGCCGGAGAGGCGGCAAGAGCUGGGAUAAUCUAA